UUGUAUAUGAAAAAGAGAGACUUUGUAGUGUAUGUUUACAUCUUCACGGUUUGUUGUUGGCAUUGAAACAGCUGUCUGCGGUUUAAAAAUGGCGGCGUUCAAAUUUUCGAAAACGUUGCAUAAUAUUUUACCGUGUUCUCGGCGAUGUUUAAUGUUGUCAUGCGUUAAAAACUCGCCAGAAUAUGCACAAAAUAAAGAUUCCAAUGAAAAUGAGACACACUUUGGUUUCGAAAGAGUAAAAGAGAGCGAGAAAGCCGAAAAAGUUCAUCAUGUGUUUGAGGCAGUUGCUACGUCUUAUGAUAAAAUGAAUGACGCAAUGAGUUUUGGAGUGCAUCGGCUAUGGAAAGACAUAUUCAUAUACAGACUCAGCCCGACCUCACGAACACGGUUACUCGAUGUAGCAGGUGGUACUGGUGAUAUAGCCUUCCGAUAUCUCAGAUACAUCGAUAACUUGAAAAAACGAUUUCCCACUGUUGACAAUGAGGCAGGCCACGUAACUGUUUGUGAUAUCAAUAGUGCCAUGCUCGAUGUGGGAAAACGACGUGCAGAGCUCUCGAACUUGAGGCCUGAUCGUAUUUCGUGGCUGUGUGGAGAUGCUGAAAACCUACCCGUAGAAGAUUGUAGCUACAAUGCCUACACAAUUGCAUUCGGAAUCAGAAACUGCACGCACAUUGAUAAAGUUGUACGAGAAGCGUACAGAGUCCUGAAACCUGGAGGCAGAUUUCUAUGUCUGGAAUUCAGCCAUGUUAAUAACAGCCUUCUACAGUGGGCAUAUGACCAGUACUCUUUCCAAGUAAUACCAGUAAUGGGGCAACUCAUAGCUGGCCAAUGGAAACCAUAUCAAUACCUUGUUGAAAGCAUCCGGCAGUUCCCCUUUCAGGAUGCGUUCAAGACCAUUAUUGAAAACGCUGGCUUCUCUUGUGUUACAUACGAGAAUUUGACUUUUGGGGUAGUUGCAAUACAUUCUGGAUUCAAAACCUAAAUGUGUAAUUAAAAGAAAGUAAUAAAGGUAUAAAAGGUUGUUUGAAAAUGA